CACACUUUACCCGGAAGUAAUACUUCACAACAAAAAAUUACCGGGAAAUCUGCUCUCCUGUUGCUGUUGAGGUCGCGAAGGGAAUAUUUAUGAGAAAGGAGUGUUUUUCAUGAAGUGUUUUUCAGAUUAAACACAUUACCGGGUCGCUGCUUGUUUCGUGUACCUGUCUGAGCCGAUAUGGACGAAUAUGAUGAACUGUUCGAGAUACAGGACGACUUUGAGGAUCAGUUCGCCGACGAGCUGGAAGCGAUGGCUCAGAUGGAGGAUGAAUCUGCUAAGCCGGGUAAACGUCAGAAGCAGGAUCCAGGAGGCAACAUUUCUGACAUAGAGCACCCGCUGGAUGCACAGCCCACCACCCCAAAGGCAAAGCGGCAGAAGCAGGAUGCAGGAGUGGCCAAGCGACUUUUCAACUCACUGCAGACUCAAGAGAGCAAAGCCCCGACAGAGAGAGAUGACAUCACACCGCCGUCCUCUCCGGAGCAGUGUGAAACCCCGCGCAACUUCAGGACUACCCCAGCCGUGUUGGACAUCAGUGGCUUUGCUUCAAUCCCAGAGACACCCAGGCGACCUCCCACAGCGGCGCCAGCAUCGCUGCAUGUGCUGAGGCGGCCUCCUAUAGAGGGAGAGUACAUCAGUGUGACGGACACAUCAGGGAGUCGGGUCUACCUCAGACAAACAGAAGACACAGGGACAAAGGUACAGGACUCCAGAUUGGUACCAGACCCCCAGGGUUCACUGGGGCUGCUGACAGUGCCAAUAAGUGUGUUGAGAGAUCAAGAGGCCGAGAGGCGCCACCAGCAGGAUGUGCAAGAAUCUCAGCGUCUUAUAGAUCUGCUGUCCAGCAGUGUGAACGAUGUGCUCGUUCAGCCCGAAGAAGAGAGCGACGAUCCUGAAGACACAGAGGGCCGAGCCUCUCGACUCUGGGUGGACAGAUUCUCCCCCCGACAGUACACACAGCUUCUCAGUGAUGAUUUCACCAACCGCUGUCUUCUCAAGUGGUUGAAACUUUGGGACACUGUUGUGUUUGGGAGAGAGAGGAAGGCCCGCACUGCCCGGCCUGACAGACAGGCUCCCAACGAGAACUCAUUUAAACCCAAUCAACCCAAUCAGAUACAAAAUCGCUUCAAGACCAAGAUUGAAAUGACUGAGGAGCUGCUGGAGGCCGAGCUGGAUCAGUACAACCGCCCCAGAUUCAAGGUGGCAUUGUUGUCUGGUCCUCCAGGUUUAGGAAAGACCACCCUGGCUCAUGUCAUAGCAAAGCAUGCUGGGUACAACGUGGUAGAAAUCAAUGCCAGUGAUGAUCGUAGUGCAGAGGUCUUCCAGAAACGCAUCGACACAGCAACGCAGAUGAAGUCAGUUUUGGGGUCCAACGAGCGGCCGAACUGCCUCAUUAUUGAUGAGAUCGAUGGAGCACCUGCGGCUGCCAUCAACAUCCUGUUAGCAACUCUGAGCAGGAAGGACGGACACGGUGCAGGUGCAGAGACUACGAAGAAGAAAAAGAAGGAUGCCAUCCUGCUUCGACCGAUCAUCUGCAUCUGUAACGACCUUUAUGUUCCAGCUCUCAGACCUCUCAGGCAGCAGGCCUUCCUCCUGGUUUUCCCUCAGACUCAGCCUUCCCGCCUCGCACAGCGACUGGCAGAGAUUUCAGUCCAGCAGGGAAUGAAGACAGACACAGGAACUCUGCUGUGUCUUUGUGAGAAGGCCGACAACGACAUCAGGUCUUGCAUCAACACCCUGCAGUUCCUCCACGGUCGAGGCCACAAGCGAGUGGACACAAAGACUAUCCAGUGUGUCUCUGUGGGGCAGAAGGACCAGAACAAAGGCUUGUUCCAUCUGUGGCAGGGAAUCUUCCAGUUGCAACGUACAAAACGGAAACGUAUUGGUGAGGGGUUUGACGAGGCACCAGGCUCAGGAGGUGGAGGUCAGAGGUUUGAGCACAUUCUACAUUUGGCCUCAUCUAGUGGGGAGUUUGAGAAGGUUUCUCAGGGUCUGUAUGAAAAUUAUCUGUCCAUGCAUGUGAGGGACCCCAACCUGCACAGUGUGUGUGAGGCUCUGGAGUGGCUGUCGUUCUCAGACAGGUUGAACCAAGUGAUUAUGCAGGGGCAGCACUUCUCUCUGAUGAGAUACUUGCCCUUCCUGUCCGUUGCAUUCCACUUCCUGUUUGCCCACACACACGUGCCCCGCAUCAGCUAUCCACACAGCCAGUACGAGGCCUCCACCCGGCUCCUCAGCAGCAGGAACGCUUUGUCCACCAUGUUGGCCGAGAUCCCAGCAUGCAUCAGAACGAGGAUCAGCCAGCUCAGCCUGUCCCUUGAUAUGCUCACACUGCUCCUCGACAUCAUCUGUCCCAAGCUACGGCCUGUAAAUCCGCAGCUAUUCAGCAGCAGAGAGAAGGAGCAGAUGCGUGAGCUGAUCAGCACCAUGCUUGCAUACAACCUUUCAUACAGGCAGGACCGCACACCUGAAGGGCAGUACACAUACAUGCUGGAGCCGCAUGUUGAGGAAGUAGUGAGGUUUCCGGGCCUGCCUCCGCGCCGUCAGCUGACUUAUCAGGCCAAGCAAACCAUCAGUAGAGAGAUGGAGCAAGAGAAGAUGAGGAGAGCCGAGCAACUGAUGCUGCAACGAAACCCUGCAGUGCACAAAGAGGCCGAAAAAAAGACGGCUGGUCCUAACCCCAUCAAGAACCACCAGCAGAGGCUGGAAAACAUCGUCAAACAGACCACAGUGGAGAUCAGGCCGGAGGUGGAUUUCUUUGGUCGAGCUGUUGACCCCAAACCCCAGAGGCCGCACCCCACCUCAGAGACAGGUGAGAAGUGUGCGGUUCUGUCUAUGGGAACGGCAGUGGGCGACAGUGACGUGUGGUUCCGGUUCAAUGAGGGCAUGUCCAACGCCGUCAGACGAAAUGUCUACAUCAGAGAACUGCUGUAACACAUACACACAUACACAUACAUACACACACACACACACACACACAUACAUACACACACACACACACACACAUACACACACACACAUACCUGUAUGUUAUAUGUAAGCAUCUCAAUAAAUCCAAAAUCCAGCUGUUAAAUUCCAAACAGUCUUUAUUUUUGAUUGACAGUGUAAAGAGCCAAUAAAAACGUGUUGUUGAACAUU